AUGGCUCGAAUCAAGAUGUUGUACUUUUCAGCUCCAACGAGUUGUUCAGAAACCAAUAUAAAGCUUGGUGUAUCUAAUGGAUGGACAUACAGGGCAGAGGAACUUGAAGCGCAGAUGCAAAAGCUCCAUGAAGAACAUGCAUCCACCUUAUUGGAGAGAAGGGCUGCCGAUAAUGAUGAUGAAAUGAUUGAGGUAGAAGCAGCUGUGAAAGCAGCUAUCGCAGUAUUCAACGACCGUUGCAACAAUGCUGCAAUGAUUGCAGCUGCCAAAAGUGCAGCUCAGGCGGCAUCUUCUGCCAUUAAAGAACAAACAAAUUUACCAGUGAAGUUAGAUGAAUUUGGUAGAGAUAUGAACCUGCAGAAACGGAUGGAUAUGACACGGAGGGCUGAAGCACGCCAAUGUGGGAGAGCUCGAUUUGAGUCAAAGUGCUUGUCAUCCGUGGAUAUUGACAGUUCCAAUCAGAAAAUGGAAGGAGAAUCAAGUACUGAUGAAAGUGAUAGUGAGAGUUCUACAUACCAGUCAAACCGUGAAUUGGUGUUCCAGCAUGCUGAUGAGAUUUUCAGUGAUGCAUCUGAGGAAUAUUCCCAACUUUCAUUGGUUAAAGAAAGGUUUGAAAAAUGGAAGAGAGAGUAUUCAUCGAGCCAUCGUGAUGCUUACAUGUCCCUAAGUGCUCCCACAAUUUUGUCUCCGUUUGUAAGGUUGGAGCUCGUAAAGUGGGACCCACUACACGAGGAUGCUGAUUUCUCUAAUAUGAAAUGGCAUUCUUUACUAUUCAGUUAUAGUUUGCCAGAAGAUGGGAGAGAUUUUACCCCGGAUGAUGCUGAUGCGAACCUGGUUCCUACGCUGGUUGAAAAGGUUACACUUCCAAUUCUGCACCACGAAAUUGCUCAUUGCUGGGACAUGCUUAGUACAAGAGAAACAAAGAAUGCUGUUUCUGCGACAAGCUUGGUUGUCACCUAUGUUCCUACUUCCAGUGAGGCACUAGCAGAUUUACUACUUGCUAUUCGUACCUGUCUGGCUGAAGCUGUUUCUAACCUUACAGUCCUUGCAUGGAGCCCUCUUUUAAUGAAUGCUGUUCCCAAUGCAGCACGGAUUGCAGCAUACCGAUUUAGGAUGUCUGUUCGUUUGAUAAGAAAUAUCUGCUUGUGGAAAGAAAUCCUGGCAUUGCCAAUUCUAGAAGAGCUUGUCCUUGAUGAGAUUUUAUGUAGAAAUGUUUUUCCACAUGUUCGAAGCAUCACAUCAAAUGUUCAUGAUGCAAUCAUGAGAACCGAAAAAAUUGUUGCUUCUUUAUCUGGGGUCUGGUCUGGUUCAAGCAUCACUGGAAGCCGCAGCCGUAAGUUGCAACCAUUGGUUGAUUACAUGCUAUCAUUAUGAAAGACUCUGGAGAAGAAGCAUUUGGCUGGUGUGACCGAGGAUCUGAGUGCCUUGUACACAUACUUCCAAUACAAAUGA